AUGGAUUUCAAACUAGUGGGUAGUUCUAAAUUAGCAGAUUUUAAACCAGUGGAGCAAGUAGUUGAAGAAGAAUCAAAUCGUAGUUUUGAAUUACAAGUAGUUUCUGAAUUCUAUAAGCUCUGA